GUUCCCCCUGGGACGGGGUGGGGGGCUUCCUCCCGUCCCCCCCCGCCGUCAUGUCCCUUUGCCACCCAAAGGUGCCCCGAAGGACGGGCGGUGCCCAGCUUCGGGGCCGUCCUGUCGCCAGCCGUGGGACAGAGACGGGGCAGGUGGCCUAUGCCCAUCGCCGGGGCCUUUGGCGUCCCUGCCAGCCCGGCUCACCUGGGGGAGACAGGGGUGGACCCCCGUGGCCCUGCCGCCUUCCCCUUGCCCCACGGCCAGCCUCCUCCUUCCUUCUCGGCGUGAUCUUUUGUCCCCAGCAGGUCCCUGCUGCCGUUCAUCCCGCGGGGCCGGGGGACCGGGCAGGCUGCCCGCCCCUGCCGGCACCACGCGGGGCUCCGGACACUGCGAGGAGGGGGGCUAGAGGGGGGUACCACCCCCCACACCCUCCAGGCUCCCCUCCAUCAGGAAAGGAAGUAUCCCCCCAUUCCCCAGCCUUUCCUUCUUUCUUCAGCCUCCCGGUAGCGGUGGGGUGAAGAUGGAGGGUCCAAGCCGCUCCGGGGAUGCAAGCCGCUCAGCUCGCCCUUCCGCCAUGGCAUCGCCAGACGGAGCCAGCAGCGUGGGCGGCAGCCCUGAGGAGACAGAGCUCAGCAUCACCCUGACCCUGCGCAUGCUCAUGCACGGCAAGGAGAUCGGCAGCAUCAUUGGCAAGAAAGGAGAGACUGUUAAGAGGAUACGAGAGCAGAGCAGCGCGCGCAUCACCAUCUCAGAGGGGUCCUGCCCUGAGCGCAUCACCACCAUCACCGGCUCCACUGACGCCGUCUUCCGCGCCGUCUCCAUGAUCGCGUUCAAGCUGGAGGAGGACCUGGGAGCAGGGAGUGACGGGGCAGCGGUGGGCAGAGCGCCAGUGACGCUGCGCCUCGUCAUCCCAGCCAGCCAGUGCGGCUCGCUCAUCGGCAAGGCGGGAGCUAAGAUCCGGGAGAUUCGGGAGAGUUCGGGGGCACAGGUGCAGGUGGCUGGUGACCUGCUGCCCAACUCCACCGAACGGGCCGUCACUGUCUCGGGGGUGCCAGACACCAUCAUCCAGUGCGUGAGGCAGAUCUGCGCUGUCAUCCUGGAGUCGCCUCCAAAGGGGGCCACCAUCCCCUACCACCCUGGUCUCUCCCUGGGCACCUUCCUGCUCUCUGCCAACCAGGGCUUCUCCAUGCAGGGUCAGUACAGCGGGGUCUCUCCUGCAGAGAUGACAAAGCUGCAGCAGCUGUCAGGGCACACACUCCCCUUCGCCCCUCUGGGCCACUCACCCUCCAUGAUGCCAGGCCUGGAUUCCAGCUCCCAGAGCACCUCUCAGGAGUUCCUGGUGCCCAAUGAUCUCAUUGGCUGCAUCAUCGGCCGGCACGGCAGCAAGAUCAGCGAGAUCCGGCAGAUGUCGGGUGCCCACAUCAAGAUCGGGAACCAGACCGAGGGCUCCAGCGAGCGGCACGUGACCAUCACGGGGUCCCCUGUCAGCAUCACCGUGGCUCAGUACCUCAUCACAUCCUGCUUAGAGACGGCCAAAUCUACCUCCCAGGCACCACCAGGCCCUGGCUCCGUGGACCUCGGCAUGGGCUUCUCCCAGCCCCUCACCCCGGGGUCCGGCGCAGCGCUGCCCGCCGUUGCUCCGCCCCCCCCGGCGCUGCUGGGCACCCCCUACACCAUCUCCCUCUCCAACUUCAUCGGCCUGAAGCCAGUGCCCUUCCUGGCACUAUCCCAGUCCUCCAUGGCAGGUCCCAACGGCGGCACUGCCACCUACACGACCAAGAUCUCAGCGGCCAAUGGCACCAAGAAAGCUGAUCGGCAGAAGUUCUCACCCUACUGAGCCCCGCUAGUGGAUGGGAGAGGGGGCCUAAGGGUGCCACCCACUGCUGGGGACACCUCUCUGCUGACCACCCUGUCCCCCAGCCCCUGCCAGACGCCCCAUGCUGAGGGAGGGCCCACCUUGCCCCCUACCCCAGGGAAGGGUCUUCCCAGUGGUGAUGCCCGCUGGAGGAAAGGGCUGCUCUGCUGCCUGCUGCCCAUCCCGACAGCACUGUGUCCCCCUCCCCUAUUUUCCUGCACGGAGACCACGUGCCCUGGUAUUGGAUGGGGGGACUGUCCCUGCUGGGUUGGGGUCCCUUCUCCCAGUGCCCUGUGCUGGGUGAGACCCCCACAUCCUGCCCCUCUUCCUGCCCACCCUGCUGUCCCUCUCCUGCCCACCCUCUGGUUGGCACCCAAAAGGAGGGUUUCACUGGAUGAAGGGCUGCCUGGCCUCUCUGGGGGUCCCUUGUCCCUUGACUCUCGUGAGGGGGCCCUCCUGAGACCACCCUGAAGGCAGUAGCCUCCCAGAAACCCCAUCCAAGAGCCGGUCCCUGCUGGCUUGGAAAUGCUGUAUAUAUAAGUCUAUAUUUUUUCCUCCUUUGUAACUUAUCAAUG